UCGCAUAUAAUUCACAUCUUUUUUCUUCUUUCCUUCUUUUUCUUUUCUUUCUUUCUUUCUUUCUUUCUGUCUUUUCUUAUUCCUUCUUUCUUUCUUUCUUUUUAUUCUUCAGGUUUUAUUUUUUCUCGCAUAUAAUUCACAUCUUUUUCUUCUUUCCUUCUUUUCUUUCUUUCUUUCUUUCUUUCUGUUUUAUUUUUUCGCAUAUAAUUCACAUCUUUUUCUUCUUUCCUUCUUUCUUUCUUUCUUUCUUUCUUUCUGUCUUUUCUUAUUCCUUCUUUCUUUCUUUCUUUUUAUUCUUCAGGUUUUAUUUUUUCGCAUAUAAUUCACAUCUUUUUCUUCUUUCCUUCUUUCUUUCUUUCUUUCUUUCUUUCUUUCUGUCUUUUCUUAUUCCUUCUUUCUUUCUUUCUUUUUAUUCUUCAGGUUUUAUUUUUUCACAUAUAAUUUCCAUCUACUUCUUUCUUUCCAUCUUUGUUUUUUCUUUCUUUCUUUUUUCUUUUUUUUCUUUCUUUCUUUCUUUCUUUCUUUGUUCAGUGUUUUAUAAGUCUAUUUUUUCUUUCGUUUUUGCUCUCUUUCUUUACUUCUCUUUCUCUCAUUCUUUCUGUCUUUCUGUCUUUCUUUCUUUCUUUCUUUCUUACGACCUUCAUAAUCGAUUCCUUCCUUUUUCUGCUUUCUUUCUUUCUUUCUUCCUUUCUUUCUUUCUUUCUUUCUUUCUUUCUUCUUUUAUGAUGUUUUAUAAGUCUAUUUUUUCUUUCGUUUUUGCUCUCUUUCUUUACUUCUCUCUCUCUCAUUCUUUCUUUCUUUCUGUCUUUCUUUCUUUCUUUCUUACGGCCUUCAUAAUCGAUUCCUUCCUUUUUCUGCUUUUAUUCAUUCUUUCUUUCUGUCUAUCUUCAGUCUUUUCGAAGUCUAUUCUUUUCUUCCUUUUCUGCUUUCUUUCUUUCGUUUUGACUAUGAUUCACUUAUGGUUUUUCAUUCAUUUCUUUCUUUCUUUAUUCAUUUCGUCCGUUCUUUCUUUCUACUUAUUCAUAUUUACCAUGUUUUCCUUCCUUUGUAUCUUUAAUUUUUUUCUCUUUCCUUUUUUCAUUCUUACCAUUUUUCUUCUUUCUUUACUUUUUCUUUCAUUCUUAUCAUUCUUUCUUUCUUUCUUUCUUUUUUCUUUCUUUCUUUCUUUCUUUCUUUCUUUCUUUCCACGGCAGUCUUUUUUCUUCUCCUUCCUCUCAUUCUUUCUUCGCUCAGUAUCUUCUUUAUUCCUUCAUUUCUUUUUCCUGAUCCUAUUCAUUUCUGCUUUCUUUCUUUCGUUCUUUCUUUCUUUCUUCUUUACUUUCUUCUUUUCUUUCUUCAGUCUUUUAUACGUCUAUUCAUUACUUUGUUUUUAUGUCCUUCUUUCUUACUUUCUUUUUUCUUUUGUAAGUCUUUUUUUUCUUUCUUUUCUGCUUUCUUUCUUUCUUUCUUUCUUUCUUCAGUCUUUUAUAAGUCUAUUCCUUUUUUGUUUUCUGCUUUUUAUUUCCUUCCUUCCUUGCUUCUUUCUUUCUUUCUUUCUUUCUUUAUUUCUUCAGUCUUUUAUAAGUCUAUUCUUUUCUUUUCUGUUUUCUUUCUUUCUUUCUUUUCUUUCUUUCUUUCUCCACUCUUGUAUAAGUCAAACCUUUUCUUUCUUUCUUUCUCCAGUCUUUAUAAAUCUAUUUUUUCGUUCUUUCUUUCUUUCUUUCUUUCUUUCUUUCUUUCUUUCUUCAGUCUUUUAUAAGUCUAUUCUUUUUUUGUUUUCUGCUUUUUUAUUUUCUUCCUUCCUUGCUUCUUUCUUUCUUUCUUUCUUUCUUUCUUUCUUUUUCUAUUCUUUUCUUUUCUGUUUUCUUUCUUUCUUUCUUUCUUUUAUUUCUUUCUUUCUUUCUCCACUCUUUUAUAAGUCAAAUAUAUUCUUUCUUUCUUUCUUUCUUUCUUUCUUUCUUAAGCAUAUUCCUUUAUUUCUUUUCAGCUUUUUUUCUUACUUGUGCCAUUCUUUCUUUCUUUCUUUCUUUUCCGAGCUUCUUUCUUUCUUUCUUUCUUUCUUUCUUUCUUUUCCAAGCAUUUUCUUUCUUCCGUUUCCGAACUAUUUCUUUCUUUCUUUCUUUCUUUCUUUCUUUCUUUCUUUCUUUCUUUCUUUCUUUCUUUUCCGAACUAUUUCUUUCUCUCUUUCUUUCUUUCUUUCUUUCUUUCUUUUCCGGACUUCUUUCUUUCUUUCUUUCUUUCUUUCUUCGAACUUUCCUGUCUUUUCUAACCAUUUUCUUCUUCUUUAUUUCUUUCUUUCAUCCUUUCUUUCUUUUUCAGAUUUCUUUUUUCAUUCAUUGUUUGUUUGUUUGUCUGUUGGUUUCUUUCUUUCUUUCCGGGACUUCUUUCUUUCUUUCUUUCUUAUUUUCUUUCUUUCUUUUCCAAGUAUUUUUCUUUCUUCCUUUUCCGAACUAUUUAUUUAUUUAUUUAUUUCUUUUCCAGACUUCUUUCUUUCUUCCUUUCUUAGAACUUUUCUGUCUCUUCUGACCAUUUUCUUCUUCUUUAUUUUUUUCUUUCAUCCUUUCUUUCUUUCUUUUUCAGAUUUCUUUUUUCAUUCAUUGUUUGUUUGUUUGUUUGUUGGUUUCUUUCUUUCUUUCUUUCUUUCUUUCUUUUUUCUUUCUUUCUUUCUUUCUUUCCGGGACUUCUUUCUUUCUUUCUUUCUUUCUCGGAUUUAG